AGCCGCCGAAAGGAUGCGCGCGAGGUUAGAUAUGUGGUGGAGAUGGUGAGUGCGAUCACGGUGGGGGAUGGAAGACAGAUAAACGGGGCGACCGAGGGGGUGGUAGAGUUGGAUAGAAAGUGGGAUAGAGAGAAAUCCGAAGGAUGGAUGGGCGCGCGAUCGUUUGCCGUGCGAAAGGGAGAAAGGAAGAGGGAGUGACGGCGACACGCCGCGUGAAGGACGGAGGGAGCGAUGGAAAAACUGUAAUAGUGAGUGAGUCAGAAGACAACUACAGCGAUAGAGGGCUACAUAAAAGAGAAAGAAGUUUUCGUGUGAGUGCGGAUGCGGGAAUAAGAGGGUGAGAGAGAAAAGAGGGAAGAGAAGAGGGGCGGAUUGAUAUCGCCGAAAGAGAAGGUAGACGGGUGAAGGGAUGAACGAGGGGGCAGGGUAUGAGCGAGAACAUGGAUGGAAGAACGCAGGAUAAACGGAGAUAUGGGACGGGAGAGAGAGACUGACUAACUGACUGUGCCCGGUUAGGGGGUGAAGGGAAUAAGGAUUCUGUGCGCGGGCGCGAAGCUGGCGCAAACUCUUCGUGCAGCAUCCCUCGUCAGUUGCAAGUCAGGAACUAUCGCGGCCGCGUGGCGCCCGCGCUGUGUCGCCAGUCUUGCCGAUUUCAAACGCUUACGCGAUUCCGGCUGAUCGAUGCGCGAACGGUACUAAAAAAAAAAAAAAAAAAAAAAAAAUUAUCAAGUUGUCAAUCUAUCCGUGAAUUCUCCGCUCUUGCGUUCGCCCGAUGUUGUCGCGCGUCCGCGCAUUUCCGCGCUUCCGUUCGCGCGAAUAGAUCCUCUUCCAUUUUUUAUGGGAAACCGCGAAAACAAGAACGCCGUGAUACCAAUCGGCGAGCGAGGAUAUAUGUAGACAAAAAGCGCGACGUGCGCGCGUUACAGUGACACAGAAGAUCCUUCACGGCAGAAUGGAUAAAGACUUUCGUCGGAAGUAUAAAAAAAUGCGAUAUGGUCUGCUCCACCUGCUGCUGAUAGUGGGGGGUGCAACAGGUUUGAAAGAUUUGACGAUAAAUGUUCCGAAAAUGGUGAGAUCAGGUGAAUCCGUAACAUUGUCAUGCCAUUACGACCUAGAAGGCUUAGCAUUGUACACAAUACAAUGGUUUUUCAAUGAUCGAGAAUUUUAUCGCUUCAUACCAGACCGGAAACCACCACCACCUUACAGUAUUUUCGACGUGGAUGGUAUACAAGUUAACGUCUCCAAAUCGAACUCGCACGACGUAACAUUGGUGAACGUGGCCAGAGAGCUCACUGGGACUUACAAGUGUGAAGUGUCCGCAGGCAGCCCUUCUUAUCACACUGGGAUCCAAAGGGCCAAGAUGGAAGUAGUUGACGCCCCAAAAACGGAUCCUACGAUUCGUACCGAGAAGGAGCGCAUAGCAGUAGGCGAGAUGUUACGGGCGAACUGCACUUCAGGCAAAUCCCGCCCCGCUCCUGACGUUACGUGGAAGCUCAACAGUGACGCUAUCCCGAAGGACAAUGGACUAUACAAAAUACGACAUUUCCAAACUUCUCACGAUAACGUGACACAAUCUAUAACAUCAUUGAUCGAGUUUAGAGUGAUAAACAGUAUGUUUCGCAAAGGAUACUUACACCUGCGCUGCACGGUCUUCAUUUCAGACGUUUAUCGAAAAUCGACAGACAUGAACAUCUCUGAGGACACACCACGUAUCGCAUCGAUCACCGGCGAAUCACCACCGUUUGGUCAUCGAGCGAACGGAUGCGCCGGACAGAAUUGGCCCUGGAAUGGUAAUAGCGGCGCGGCGAUAAUAAUGGCUCUCAUGACGGCUACCUUGUUCCUGAUGAUGACAUCGCUGACGAUGACGGUACCCCCGAUAACGAAUGUACUACCGAGAUGCGAGCCGACAAUCAGCAGGUAG